AAUCAAAUGAACUAAUACUCGUGAGCACCUUUAAUGACUAUUUGUGUUUAACGUUUAGCCAUUCGUCCGUUUGCCUCUGUAUGAAAAAACAAUGAGGUCAGUCAUGCUGAAUGAUUGCUGACCAACGUGUUACCUUUCAGUGAACAACACGAGCCAACAAGAGAACAAACCGAAUGCAGUCUACCGACAAACAGUAGUUUGUAUACAAGCUGAGACGCUAGUAUGGAGGAAAAGUCUGUGUAUGAUUUUUUUGCAGAGAGUCUGGAUGGACAACAGAUUCCUCUUAGUACAUUUAGGAAUAAAGUGCUUCUCAUUGUCAAUGUUGCCACCUUCUGAGGGUCAACAAUAGAGGAGUACCACCGGAUGAAUGCACUGAUGGAAAUGUACGGUGAUCACAACUUCACUGUAUUAGGAUUCCCCUGCAACCAGUUUGGUCUUCAGUCACCUGAAGAAAAUGAAGAAAUUCUUAAUGUUCUAAAGUAUGUGAGACCAGGCGGCGGAUUUGUGCCAAAAUUUCCCAUCUUUUCCAAGGUUGAGGUCAAUGGAUUAAAUGAAGAGCCUCUUUUCACCUUUCUUAAGGAAUCUCUUCCUUUUGUUAAUCCUGUUGUUGGAGACAUUAAACGUCUCUACUGGUCUCCAAUCAAAGUCAAUGACCUCCGAUGGAACUUUGAGAGGUUUCUCGUAACUGCAAACGGCAUGCCAUACAAAAGGUAUGAUCUUCACUGCCCCAUUGAGAUUGUGGAGAGGGACAUAGCAGAACUUAUCUGAUGGACUUGUCUGACACUAUCAUCAGUGGCAGAAUGACGAUCCCUCAGUAAAUGUCCAUGUGCACCUGAGCUGGAUCCGACUGGAAGAUGAACAUGCCUCGGAUCUUUUGGUGCAUUCAUUCCGAGAGCAAGUUCUUUUCAGCCACUAAAAUAGUGUUUGUGUCACUCACAUUUUUUAAUGGCAAGAUUCUGUAAUUCUGAAUAAAACAUUGUGAAACAAUA